AUUAAAUUAAAUUAUUUAAUUUAUGGACGAUCCAAGGUUUGCACGUAUAAGGAAAGAUCCUCGAUUUAAAUCAUUACCAAAAAAACAACUGAAAACAAAAUUAAACAAAAAAUUCAGUUCAAUUCUAAAGGACUCAAAAUUUUCAACAAAACCUAAAUUUGAUAUAUAUGGAAAUAAAAGAAAAUAAGAUUCAGAAUUUAAGGAACAUUAUGAAUUGUAAGAUGAAAGUGAGGAAUAAUAAGUAAAUGAUAAAAGUGGUGAGAAUGAAGAAAUAGAAAAUUAGUCAUUUGAAUAGGAUUAAGAGUCUUAAGAGAAAUCAUAAAAUGAGUCGGAUUAAGUUUAAGAAGAGUAGAAUUCAGAAGAGGAUAUUUCAAUAUCAUCAGGAGUGGAUAAUUGGGAAGAUGAUGAAUAAGAUUAAAAGAAUGCUCCUAUAAUAUUAUAAGCUACAAAAAGAAUGGCAUUAUAAAAUUAUGAUUGGUAGUAAAUAAAAGCAAAAGAUUUAUUUGUUCUUUUUUCUUCAUUUGCACCAACAGGUACUUCAAUAUAGCAAGUCUAAGUUUAUGUUAGUGAAUAUGGAAAAUAAAAAUUGGCAGAAGAAAAUGAAUUUGGACCAAGAUAAAUUUUCAAAGAGAAUUAUAUGUAUUUAUAUAUUUAUUAAUUAUAUUUAAGAGCAAAAAAAUAAAAAGAUGAAGUGAGUGCAGUAAAUGAAUUGAUAGUAAAGGGAAAUGAAGAAGAUUUAGAUGUUGAUCCAAUUAAAUUAAGACAAUAUGAAAAAGAUAGACUUAAAUAUUAUUAUGCAGUUAUUGAAUGUGAUACAGCAAAAACAGCAGAUUAAAUUUAUCAAUAGAUUAAUGGUUAAGAAUUUGAAUUAACUAAUAUUAAAAUAGAUUUGAGAUUUAUACCAAAUGAUGUAAUACUUCCUAAAGAAAAUCUUAAAUAAGAAUGUAAUACUUUACCAUCUCAUAUAACAUCAACAAAUAUAAUAAAUAGAGCUGUUGGACAUACAGAUGUUAAACUAACUUGGGAGGAUAGUAAACCUAGAACCAAUUUUUGGAAUAAAAAUAUUAAAAAUUUUAAUAAAGAAGAUUUUGAAGAUAUUGUUGGAAAUUAUGAAAGUGAAGAUGAAGAUAAAAUUAAAGAAUAAGUUAAAGAUCUUUUAAAUUAGCCAAAACAAAAUAAUAAUGAAGAAGAAGAAGAAGAUUGGAGAAAUUCAUUUAAAAAAAGUAUUAUUAUAUAUAUUUAAUUAAUAGAAUCUAAAAGUAAUUUAAAAGUUACAUUUUAAAGUGGAUUUAAUCCAAAUGGUUAAAAUUCAAUAAUUGAAAGAAUGGGUCAAAAAUAAUAAAAAAAUUUUCAUGUUCCAAAAGAGGGUAGAAUUGAUGAUUUUUUUGUUGGAUUUUAAGAAUAAGAAUAGGAAGAUGAUAAUGAAGGUAGACCAAAGGAACAUCUAAAAUAUUUAGAAAAAAAGAAAUUGAAAAAAUAAGAAUUAAAAUAAAAAAAGUUUUAAGAGGCAAAUCUUAGAUUAUUAGUAGAGGAUGAUAAAAAAUAAAAAAUAGGAUUAAAUCCUAACGAUAAAAGGUAAUUAAAAGAUUAAUAUAAAUUAGAUUUGAAGCAAUACAUACAAAACCUGAAUAUGCAAUAGAUCCAACUAAUAAACAAUUUAAAUCUGUAAAUAAUGAAUAAGAACAUAGAAAAAAGUAGAAAUUAUUUUGA